AUGUCUUUUGGUCUUUCAAUAGGCGAUAUUCUAGUUUGCAUUCAGAUUGCUUAUCGACUCUUCGCUGCUGCAACAUCUGGUCGGAAGAAUGCACCACGCGGUCUCAGAGAACUCGAAGACACUUUGUUUGGCUUGAAAUACUCUCUGGGCCAUGUUCAAAGAGCAAGUAAUACACUUCUGCCGAGGUCAUACCAUAAUGCUGGCAAUGUUCAAGAGCAGUUAGAGUUCAUGAUCCACUCGUGUCACGAAACCCUCGAAGCCCUUGAGAAAGCAACAGCAAAGUACCGGAAUGCAGCAAAAGAGGCCCGAGAUCGUAAAGCUCUUAAGCUCCCCUUGCAUCGAGAAUUCACUUCUCGAGUCAAAUUUCAAUGGCGGAUGUUUUUAUGGGAUCUUAGAGCUGAGUCCUUCAGUCAAUACCAGGUGAAAAUUCAGUCACAUGCUGAUGCGAUAAAUAUUAUCCUAAAUACAUUCAUAUUGUCUGCUACCGACCGUAUCGAGGACAAUGACAGACGCCAAGCAUCACAAUUCAACGGCGAGAUGUUCCAUUUCACUCCGAACCACUACCCUUUCACAUUACCUCGCCGCUCAUCCACACUUCCGGGAUGA